AUGCCCGCUGCGCCGAAACAGAGGAAGAUCGCAAUUGUUGGCAGUCGCUCCGUCGGCAAAUCCUCACUCACAGUCCGCUUCGUCGAGCACCAUUUCGUCGAAAGCUACUACCCCACAAUUGAGAACACAUUCAGCCGAAUCAUCAAGUACAAUGGGCAGGAUUAUGCGACUGAGAUCGUCGAUACCGCCGGACAGGUAUGUCCUUACAAGCCCCCAUUCCCCUCGCGUGGGGCUCCCCCGUCGGUCUCAUCGCUGACCCAUUCUGGUUACGAUUACGCGCAGGAUGAGUACAGCAUCUUGAACUCGAAGCACUUCAUUGGUAUCCAUGGGUAUAUUAUCGUGUACUCUGUUACCUCGCGGCAGUCCUUUGAGAUGGUGAAGACUAUUCGUGAUAAGAUUUUGAAUCAUUUGGGAGCGGACGAAGUACCCCUCGUGGUGGUCGGUAACAAGAGCGAUUUGAAGACAGAGCUGCGACAAGUUUCUCUCGAAGAGGGCCGCCAAUUAGCGGAGGAGGUCAACUGUGCUUUCACUGAAGCCAGUGCUUUCCUUGACUUCAAUGUUUCCAAGGCCUUUGAGCUUAUGAUUGGGGAGAUUGAGAAGUCGCAGAAUCCCGGCCAGCCGGCUGGUAACAACAAGUGUGCCGUGAUGUGA